AUGAACGCUAGCUUGAGCAUGUAUGCUGUUCUGUCCAUGCUGGCAGGGCAGAUUCUGGCCUCCCCAAUUGAGCCAAUGGCCGUUCCUGAAGAUAAUCCGAUUGCACCCGGCUGCCAUCAAAACUCCUGCCCUGAAAGCCGUUUCGGCGUGGAUCUGCUGAGCUCAGAUAAUGCCAUGACCGGAUGGGACUACAUCCUUCGAUGGAAGGGCAACUGUGGGUGCAAUGCCUGGGAAGUCUCGUCGGACGGCUGCAAAACCUUUUCCAUCUGCUCCGGAAAGCACUCGGUGUGCAUGGACUGGCGCAGGGGCAGAGGGCACUGGGUUGACCCCAGCGGCCACAGAACUUGCUACUCGCUGGCCACCGGUUACACUUGUCUGAAUACGAAAUGGGAGGCGUGGCCGACGGGUGAGGUGCCAUGCGACUGGUAG